GACUGUGCUGCACCAGUUCUGCUGCCCGGCCCCAGAGGCCCCCGAGGGGGAGUCCUCGGCCUGUGUCCCCAGCGACGACAUUCCUCCAGACUCACCCUCAGGUGAGGAGGGAAAGAGAGAGGGAGAAGGGGAGCUCCAGCCCCAGGUCCAACCCCAGCAGACUGAGUUCCAAGCCCAGCCCCAACCUGAACCCCAGCCUCAGCCUAAACCCGAGGGCACGAGUGUGGGCAAAACACAGCAGGAGGUCACCCCCGCAGCCUCCCGCUCACCAAGCAGAGGGGAACUCGAGCAGGAGGAGGGAGAACGAGGAGAUAAGGAGGAGGAGGAGAUAAAGCAGAAAGAGGUGGUGGAUUCGCAGCAGGAGCAGCAGCAUGAGGGGGAGGCAGCAGUAGAGACUGAGGUGGAGGAGGAGGAGGAUGGGGCAGAGGCCCGGGGGGGAGCGACGGGGAGGAGGGCCAGCCUGCACCACACAGCUUCCCCCAUGAGGGUGCAGCGCAACGGGGCCUGCUCGCACUCCGCCACCUCCGACUACGAGCUCUCGCUCGACCUCAAAAACAAGCAGAUCGAAAUGUUAGAGCACAAAUACGGCGGCCACCUCAUCUCCCGCCGCGCUGCCACCAAGAUCCAGACCGCCUUCCGCCAGUACCAGCUCAGCAAGAACUUUGAGAAGAUCCGCAACUCCCUGCUGGAGAGUCGCCUGCCGCGGCGCAUCUCCAUGCGCAAGGUGCGCGUGCAGAACGCUGAGGGCUUCUCCGCCGAGCGGGCGCUGGCCGAAGGCUGCAGCCUGGCGGGUAUCCCCCUAGUGCGCUCGCCAUCACUGCCCGCCACAGUGGGCGGCACCCUGACCGACCUGGAGGACUCAUUCACAGAGCAGGUGCAGUCGUUGGCAAAGUCCAUCGACGACGCACUCAGCAACUGGAGCCUGAAGACCAUGUGCUCCCUCCAGGAAGGAGGGGCCUAUCAGUUCAGUGCAGAGUCCUUCAGUGCGGCCGGGGGAGGAGGAGAAGUGGGAGGAGGAGGGUUGGACCAGGCUUUUCUCCAGAGCAUAUCAGUUGGGGAGAAUACAGGCGACCUGCCCCGCAGCGCCAGCAAGCUGCUGAUGGCCUUCCGCGACGUGACCGUUCAGAUUGACAAUCAGAACUUCCGCAUGUCCUCCUCCGUCAUGGAGUCAUCGGCCUCUGUCUCCAUGGGCAACUGCGUCCAGCAGCAGCAGGGGGGUGCAGCCACCACCCCCACCAUGCCCACCGCUCCCCCGCCCUCACCCCUAAAAACACUCCCCUCCUCCCCUGAAGAGGUCACCGCCGAACCCACAGACCCUCCUGUCCCUCCCCACGAGCCCCCUCCGCCCCCGGAACCAGUGGUAGAAGUAGAGGGGCAGGACGCCGACUUCCCUGCGCCCCCGCCCAGUGAAGAGGAGCUAGAGGAGGAGGAGGUGGCAACCCCAUCCACCGAGGCCCUGGAGGCCAAGCGGAGCGGCUCGGAGACGGCUGAAACCAGUUCCGAGCAGAUAAGCUGCAGCAACAGCACUUCCACGGAGGCACGCUCGGCAUCGGAGGCCUCAUCCAAGGAGGCCCUGCAGGCCAUGAUCCUCAGUCUGCCGCGCUACCACUGCGAGAACCCGGCCAGCUGCAAGUCGCCCACACUCUCCACCGACGUCAUGCGCAAGCGCCUCUACCGCAUCGGCCUCAACCUUUUCAAUGUUAACCCUGAUAAGGGUCUCCAGUUCCUGAUCUCACGAGGUUUCAUCCCGGACACGCCCAUAGGUGUGGCUCACUUCCUGCUUCAGAGGAAGGGCCUGAGCAGGCAGAUGAUUGGAGAGUUCCUGGGAAACAGCAAGAAGCCCUUCAACAGAGACGUCCUAGAUUGUGUGGUGGAUGAGAUGGAUUUCUCAGGGAUGGAGCUGGAUGAGGCUCUGAGGAAGUUCCAGGCUCACAUCAGAGUCCAGGGAGAGGCCCAGAAGGUGGAGAGACUGAUCGAGGCCUUCAGUCAGCGGUACUGCAUGUGUAACCCGGACGUGGUGCAGCAGUUCCACAACCCCGACACCAUCUUCAUCCUGGCCUUCGCUAUCAUCCUCCUCAACACAGACAUGUACUCACCCAACAUCAAGCCUGACCGCAAGAUGAUGCUGGAGGACUUCAUACGCAACCUCCGAGGUGAGGCAAUAUUUUAG